AUGAUAGGAGUGAAGGAUCCAGGAAGUUCAAGCCGUCACACGUGGGCUCCGUUCGCCUCGGUCAUCGGCUCUGAGCGGCAGCGCGCGACGCGGAGCAGACGUGUGACGGAUGCAGCUGAGCCACAGCUUUCAGGGACACUCAGGGUUCAUGAGGCGAAAGGUCAAAGGUCAGAACAGCUCGAAGGAUGGAGGUGCUUAAAACACGUCUACCUCCCACACUCUGCACGUCCUCAGUGCCACUGUGUGUGCGUCUUCAGGGCCGCCUCCGCACACGCGUCUUCCUCACGCUUCCGAGUCCCGUGUGCGCGUCCUUCUCGUGUGAGCGUCCUUCUUGUGUGCGCGUCCUUCUUGUGCGCAUCCUUCCCGUGUGCGUGUCCUUUUUGUGUGCGUCCUUUCCGUGUGCGUGUCCUUCUUGUGUGCGUCCUUCUUGUGUGCGCGUCCUUCCCGUGUGCGCGUCCUUCCCGUGUGCGUGUCCUUCUUGUGCGCGUCCUUCUUGUGUGCGCGUCCUUCCCGUGUGCGUGUCCUUCCCGUGUGCGUGUCCUUCCCGUGUGCGCGUCCUUCUUGUGCGCGUCCUUCCCGUGUGCGCGUCCUUCUUGUGUGCGUCCUUCCCGUGUGCGCGUCCUUCCCGUGUGCGUGUCCUUCCCGUGUGCGUGUCCUUCUCGUGUGCGUGUCCUUCUCGUGUGCGUGUCCUUCCUGUGUGCGCGUCCUUCUUGUGCGCGUCCUUCCCGUGUGCGUGUCCUUCUUGUGUGCGUGUCCUUCUUGUGUGCGUGUCCUUCUUGUGUGCGUCCUUCUUGUGCGCGUCCUUCUUGUGCGCGUCCUUCCCCUGUGCGUGUCCUUCCCGUGUGUGCGUCCUUCCCGUGUGCGUCCUUCCUGUGUGCGCGUCCUUCUUGUGUGCGUGUCCUUCCCGUGUGCGUGUCCUUCCCGUGUGUGCGUCCUUCUUGUGCGCGUCCUUCCUGUGCGUGUCCUUCUUGUGCGCGUCCUUCUUGUGUGCGUCCUUCCCGUGUGCGUGUCCUUCCCGUGUGCGCGUCCUUCUUGUGCGCGUCCUUCUUGUGCGCGUCCUUCCCGUGUGCGCGUCCUUCUUGUGCGCGUCCUUCCCGUGUGCGUGUCCUUCCCGUGUGCGUGUCCUUCUUGUGCGCGUCCUUCCCGUGUGCGCGUCCUUCCCGUGUGCGUGUCCUUCUUGUGCGCGUCCUUCUUGUGUGCGCGUCCUUCCCGUGUGCGUGUCCUUCCCGUGUGCGUGUCCUUCCCGUGUGCGCGUCCUUCUUGUGCGCGUCCUUCCCGUGUGCGCGUCCUUCCCGUGUGCGCGUCCUUCCCGUGUGCGCGUCCUUCUUGUGCGCGUCCUUCUUGUGUGCGUCCUUCCCGUGUGCGUGUCCUUCCCGUGUGCGCGUCCUUCCCGUGUGCGUGUCCUUCCCGUGUGCGCGUCCUUCCCGUGUGCGUGUCCUUCUUGUGUGCGUCCUUCCCGUGUGCGCGUCCUUCUUGUGUGCGUCCUUCCCGUGUGCGUGUCCUUCCCGUGUGCGCGUCCUUCCCGUGUGCGUGUCCUUCCCGUGUGUGCGUCCUUCCCGUGUGCGUCCUUCUUGUGUGCGUGUCCUUCCCGUGUGCGUGUCCUUCUUGUGCGCGUCCUUUUUGUGCGCGUCCUUCUUGUGCGCGUCCUUCCCGUGUGCGUGUCCUUCCCGUGUGCGCGUCCUUCCCGUGUGCGCGUCCUUCCCGUGUGCGUGUCCUUCUUGUGUGCGUCCUUCCCGUGUGCGCGUCCUUCCCGUGUGCGUGUCCUUCUUGUGUGCGUCCUUCCCGUGUGCGCGUCCUUCCCGUGUGCGUGUCCUUCUUGUGUGCGUCCUUCCCGUGUGCGUGUCCUUCCCGUGUGUGCGUCCUUCUUGUGUGCGUGUCCUUCCCGUGUGCGUGUCCUUCCCGUGCUCCUCUGCUGGGUCGCAUUCCUUGGCUUUUAUUUGCAGGCCCUGUUCUUUAUAUAUCGCUUUCCUGACACGUGCUGCAGCCUUGAGAACAACUUUGAAGAGUAUGCAAUUACACGAGGCACGUUUGUACGAUGCUUUCUCACCCCGUCACGUUUAAAGGGUUCGUUUUGGUUCUGUGUUUUAUUCUAAUGCAAACAGCCACAUUUUAAGAAGCUGAACUGUCCAAGGGUUGGAGCCGCGGCGCUGAGUUUGAAGCAUAUCGAGGCCUCGCACAAGGCUGAGCUGAGUCCUGAUGGCGUAGAUGUCAACGCACUGUAGCAACUUAACCCACUAUGGGACAGAGUUUGGGUGAUCAUAGAUAUUGUGUGUGUGCGUGUGUCUGGGAUAUAAAUGGAACAUUAAUGUUUUUUAAAACACAAGUUUUCAUUUUAACAUCACCUGGAAAUAAAUUGUAAUUCAAAAUAAA